ACUUUACCCAAUGGUCACACCCUGAUGCGGUGUUUCAAACACUGACUCAACCAUUUGUCCCCAGUUGAGCUGCUUUAUAUAGCCUUUUUUUUUUUUUUAAUGAUUUUCUAAAGUGCGCUUUCACGUUAGAUUUAUAAAUAUAUCACAAUGUCUCACACUGUUGUGACUACUACUACUACUACAUCACCAUCGGAUGGAGGAUUUUGCAACAUCGGUUAUGCGCGUUCAUAUCAAGGAUUACUGAAAAUUGGGCAAGUGGUAACCCUUCUGAUUGCCUUCCUAUGUGUGCACUGUGAAAAGCGAUGGACCGAUUACUCUGCAUUUCGGUACUUUGAGGUGGUCACCGUGUGGUUCCUCAUUGUCUUCCUCAUCUUUUUCUUGAUGUACAUGAUGAGACUUCAAAGCAAAAUCGCAUGCAUUAACUGGACAUUGACGGAGUUUUUACAUUAUGCUGUGGGAGGUAUCCUAGUCUUCAUUGCCUCUAUAGUUGCGGCUGUGAAGAGUCAUGGGAUCUCAGCUUUAGUCGCUGGAUCUGUGUUUGGUUUUAUGGCUACUUUUCUCAUUGCAAUCAGUAUAUGGACCUCUUAUAAGGUCACUUGUGGCUCUCAACCUACUGGUGCCGCAGUGUAAGAUGACGAAGACACAGUCUUAUCAGCAGGAAGUAGCGAGGAAAAUUCUUCGUUUGUUCUAGAUCUAUGAUUGGUGCUUUAAGGACCUGAAAGGGACAAUGUUGUACAUGCUGUAUUCAAGAGCAAAUUUCUUUUCAUCAAAACUUAAAUGCCUUAAUAAUCUAAUUGUCUCUUAUCUCAUCCUGCUCAGUGCUGGGACCAUACUUUGACAUACAUGAAUACAUACAUGAAUUUUGCAGCUCUAAGUGGUUUAUUUGUAGAGCAAACUGGUAUAUUUUGGUAUAUUUAUCUAAAAUGUCUGUAGCUAAACGGACAUUUAUCCACAAGAAUGUUUACAUCAUUUAUUUGACAGCAUAUCAUGUGGUGUAGAUUUGAUUCAGCGACUGCAUUUACAGAAGGUUUUGGCUGAAGUGAGGUGUUCAUGAAGUUUUGAUGCAGACUCAAAGUAUUGUUGCAAGAGUUGAAGUGUAUUUUUGCUUUUCACAGAAUCCAUAUAUUAUUAUAAUAUGCACCAGUACUGUAAAGUUUAAAGAAUGUAUUUUUGGCUUUCUGAGUGUAAGUCACAUUGUUUUGUACACUGUGCUAUAAAAAGUAUUUACUUCUAA